GAAAACUUUGUGUAGAUGAACGGAUAUGGGGAUUUCUGACGAGUGAGGUGCUGUUGUAGCACUCCUUCCACUUGAGUCGGUGGUGAAAUUUCUGCCCAUUUUGGUGAGAGGAAGGGACUGAUCACUUACAAGUCCAACUUUUCCAACCCCGCCCUCCAGAGCCUGAUUUGCUUGAAGCAAUUGAAUGUGUUCAUAUCUGUGAAGUGUCCUUCCAAAGAUCAUGACCACUUGCCCCAAACCUGGUCAGAUUCCGAUCCACCCGCCGCUCUUCGUUCCGCUGCUCUCGGUGUCCAGAACGGGGAACUCCGGCGACGGACCGCCCCGCGCGCCGGGUCGCGCGACCGCGGCCGGGCGCGAUGGGGUGCAGCAGCUCCUCCGCGACGAUCCCGGAGGCGAACGUGCAGAAGCAGCGGCGGCGGCUGAGUGUGGGGAAUGUGGACACGUCGGAGGUCCAUGAGGCCGACGAGCGCGCCACACAGGAAGACCGGGGGCUCAUCGCUCAAUUCAACCAAAAGAACCUUUUGGAUAUGAUCCAAAGAGAUGGGCAGCAAAAAGGUCGGCGGAACUCAGCCAUUUGCAGUUCCACCGAUCAGAACCCCACCUCCUUCGCCAACAAAACCAUGCAGCAAUACGGCGACGAACUCCAAGCCGCGCAGCAUGGCCUCGGCUACACCUGCCGGAAAGGCUUGAAGCCGGAAAGUCCGAACCAAGACUCUUGGUGCAUGCUGAAGACCGAAGACUUUUCCAUCUACGGGGUCUUUGAUGGACAUGGCCAGAAGGGUCACGAUGUGUCGAACUUCGUCAAGGACGUGCUGCCGAAGCUCAUCGUCUCAGACCCACGGGCUGCCAGCAGUGACCAGUGGUCCGCCAUUUUGACGGACUGCUUCCGGAAGACCCAGAGUAUGGUGAACACCUCUGACAAGAUGAAGCAGUUGAAUGCGCAGAUGUCAGGCACCACGGCUACCCUAGCAGUCCACGACCACCGCAGCGAUCAGAUCACUGUGGGCCACGUGGCGGAUAGCACCGCGGUGCUGGGCACGAAAAACAGCAGCAGUUGGGAAGGAGUGGCCUUGACCCGCGAUCAUAAGCCCAACUUGAAGGAUGAGAAAGCUCGCAUCGAGAAGGCGGGUGGCCGCGUGGUGUUUGACGGCUACGCGAACCACCGUGUCUAUGCGAAGAAUGCGCGCUACCCCGGCCUCAACAUGUCUCGCUGCAUAGGAGACCUCCUUGGGCACCAAGAUUGUGGCAUCAGCUGCGAGCCGGAGAUUGCCACAGUGGAACCCAGCAACAAGGAUAGGAUCCUCUUCAUUUGCAGUGAUGGUGUUUGGGAAUUCAUCACUCCACAGGAGGCGGUGACCUUGAUCCACCACUAUGGCUCCUCUGACGCUCAGAAGGCGGCAGACUUCUUGGCCAAGGAAGCCUGGGAUCGUUGGAUCCGAGAGGAAGGUGGUGCUGUGGUGGAUGACAUCACGGUGAUUUUGGUCUACUUGAAGCCGGUGGGGAAUUGAUUGCCUUGAAGGCCCCGUGCCCGGUGUUGGCAUCGCGCAGCCAGUCCGGCGCUGGUGUCAUGUUCCAUGUGCGGGAUGUGACGGAGAUGAAUAGUCAAGUUCCCUCUAAACCUCUUCUUGACGCAGAGAACCAUAUAUAUAUAUAUAUAUAUAUACU